AUGGAGGAAAAAAGAAAGCAUCAUAAAAAAAAAAAAGUUGGCAAGAAAAUCAAAAAAAAAAAAAUUAACAAAAAUGUAAACAAAAAAUAUCAUAAAGCAUUUGCAUUUAGUGGUGGUAUUAAAAGUGCUCAUAGAAGAAAACAACAUUUAUUUGAAUUAGAAGAAAAAAAAUUAAGAAUCCCGAGAGUUUUUAAGGAAGGAAAUAAAAACAGUCCAUUAGUUGUAGUAAUACAAGGUUCUAAGGGUGUUGGAAAAACUACAUUGUUAAAAAGUUUAAUUAAAUGUUAUGUUGGUGUAAAUAUUAAUGAAAUAAAUGGUCCUAUAUCUGUUUAUACAAAAAAUAAAAAAAAAUAUACCUUUAUUGAAGUAAAUGAUGAUAUUUUGAAUAUGAUUGAUGUAGGAAAAAUUGCUGAUAUAUGUAUACUAGUGAUUGAUGGUAGUUUUGGGUUCGAAUUAGAAACACUAGAAUUUCUAAGUAUCUUGAAUACGCAUGGAAUGCCUAAAGUAUUAGGCGUUGUUACAAAAUUAGAUAAAUUUAAAGAUAGUAAAAGUAUAAGAAAAAGAAAGAAAAAAUUAAAUAAAAGAUUUUCAGAAGAACUAGUUGAGGGUUCGAAAUUAUUUUUUCUUAGUGGUAUACAAAAUAAUAAAUAUAACAAAACAGAAAUUCGUAAUUUAUGUAAAUUUUUAUCAGUAAUGAAGAAACCAAUAAUAUCUUGGAGAGAACAGCAUGGAUAUUUGGUAGGUUUACGAUUAGAUAUUGAUGAGUUUUCUAAUGAAAUUACAAAUGAAAAUAAUAGCAAUCAUUUUAAUGAUAUAAAAAAAAAUAAUGAUGAAGAAAAUGAAAAGGAAUUAACAUCAUUUUUAUCUAAUUGUAACGAAAAUAUACGUGUUUAUAUAGAAGGUUAUGUAUAUGGAUCAAAACUUUACAAAAAUCAAAAUAUUCACAUCACAAAUAUUGGUGAUAUAAAAAUAGAAAAAAUAGAAAUUUUACAAGAUCCUUUUAAAAUUGAUGAAGAGAAAAAAAAUCCAAAUAUUUACGCACCUAUGUCUGAUAUUGGAAAUAUAACAUUUGAUUUUGAUAACAUGUAUAUUCAUAUACCAAAAAAUAAAAUAAAUUUUACGAAAAGAGAAUUAUUAAUUGGGGAUGACAAAGAAAAAUUAGGAUUAGAAGAAGAUGAAGAAGAAAAAGAAGAAACAGAAGAUGAAAAUAAAAUGAAUAGUAAGUAUGACAAGGAUGAUGAUAAAAGCGAUGAUGAGAGUGACAAUGAAGAUGAUGAUGAAGAUGAGGAUGAUGAUGAAGAUGAAGAUGAAGAUGAGGAUGAAGAUGAAAAUGAAGAUUAUGAAAAAGAGGAUACUAAUAAAAAUAAUUCUCCAAAUAAUGAUGAUAAAUGCAAAAAAAAAAAAAAUAAUGCUAAAAAUAAAAAAUUUUUUACUGAAAGCAUAAAAAUGAUAAGAGAAUUGCAAAAUUCUAACUAUGUAUUCUCUAAUAACUCCGAAAAAAAUAAUUUAAUUUUAUUUGAUACAAGAAAUAAUGAAACACAAGAAGAGAGAAGAAAAGCUCCUUCCAACGUUUGUUUUAGUGAAAAACAAAAAAAAAAGAAGCAGGGAGAAAAUUAUGUAAAUGAAAAAGCAGAAGAACAUAACAAAUUAGAAUUAAUCUUGUAUGAAAAAAAAAAUAACGAUGAUGAUUAUUAUUAUGCAAAAGAUAUUAAUAUUUCUUCUAGUGAAGAAGAGAAAGAUACAAGUUUCACAAAUUUUUACAAGGAAUUUGGGAUAGAAAAUGAUAAAGAAGAAAAUAAUAAUAUAUAUGAAAAUUCUAUAGAUGAAGAAAAUGUUAAUAAUUCUAUUUUUAAAGAAGAGAAGAAGGAAGAAUUAGAAAAAAGUGAUGAAAUAAAAAAAAAAGAAAUUCUUUAUGACCAUGAAAUUGCAGAAAUAUUAGCUUUUGAUAAUAAAAUAAGUAUAGAUAGUUUUAUAUACGAUUUUACAUAUAUAAAUAAAAAAAAUAAUUGUUUAUAUUUUAAGGGUGAUAUUAUUUCUAUUAUAAAAAAAGAAAAAAUCAAUUUAUCUAAAACAUCUAUGUCAGAAGAGGAAAUAAAAAUUUAUAUUACUAAAAAUCUAUUAAGUACAGAGGCAGUUUAUGAUAAUGAGAAAAACUAUUAUAGUCAUAUUAAUGAAGGUAAUUAUUAUCUUGAUAAUAUAGACAGUUUUAAAUGUGUUCAAGAUGAUGUUUUUAUUUUUAAUAAUUUAACAAUAUCCCUGUCUGACUUAACUAAUGAUAAUUUGGUAGAAAAUUUUUUCAUUAGAUAUAGCAGCUUGUAUAAUAUGUAUUUUAAAAAUUUUGACAAAAGGAGAAAAAAGGAAGAAAUAGAAGAUGAAAAUGAAAAUAAUGAAAAUGAUGAAAAUGAUGAAAAUGAUGAUUAUAGUGAUAAUGAUGAUAAUGAAAAUGAAAGUAAUGAAGCUGAUGAUAAUAGUGAUAAUGAUGAUAAUGAAAAUGAAAAUAAUAUUGAAAAUGAAGAUGCAGAUAAAAGUGAUGAAAAGAAAGAAGAAAAUGAAAUUGAUAUCAAUAACUUGAAAAAAAUGAAAGAACAGAAAUUAUUAAUGAAAGAAAAAUAUAUAGAAACUGAAUAUGUAGGAGUUUUAAAUAAUGCUUAUGGGUCUUCUGUUAAUAUAGGGGAAUAUGUUAGGAUUCAAAUAACUAUUGAAAAAAAAAAAUUGAUUGUAUUAAAAAAUAAUUUGAUUAUAUGUGGUGGAUUGCAAAGUUAUGAAGAAAAGGAUUCUUAUAUUCAUUGUCGAAUAAAAAAACAUAGAUGGUUUCCUAAAGUUUUAAGAUCAAAUGAUCCUUUAAUUUUUUCAGUUGGAUGGAGAAGAUUUCAAAGUAUUCCAAUUUAUUCAAUUAAUGAAAGAAAUAAUGUGAGAAUAAGAUAUUUAAAAUAUACAACAGAACAUAUGCACUGCAAUAGUACUUUUUAUGGACCAUUAUCAGCAGUUAAUAGUGGUAUUCUAGCUUUGUAUAAUUAUAAAAAAGUACCUUUUUUCCGUAUAUGCAUUAAUGGUGUUAUUAUAGAGACUAAUAAUAAUUUCAAUAUUAUGAAAAAACUAAAAUUAAUUGGGGAACCAUACAAAAUUUUUAAGAAUACAGCUUUUAUUAAAAAUAUGUUCAAUUCAGAUUUAGAAGUUUGCAAAUUUAUUAAUUGCCCUGUGGUUACACCAAGUGGAAUUAAAGGAUUAAUAAAAAAUAAAUUAAAUAGUAACGGUGAUUUUAGAUGUACCUUUGCAGAUAAAAUUAGAAUGAGUGAUAUCGUUAUUUUAAAAUUAUUUGUUAAUGUAAAAAUUAAAAAAUACUUCACUUAUGAUAUAGAAAAUAAAUUAAGAUCUAUCAAUGAACUGAGAUAUAUUUACAACAUUUACGUCAAUCAUAAUAGUAAUUAUAGAAAGAUUCCAUUUAGACAUUUUUACCAUAGCAAAAUUCAUAUAAGACCAAAAUUAUUAAAAGAAUUACCAUAUAGAUCAAAACCUAAAUUAUUCAAAAAAAUUGAUGAUUCUAAUGAAUUAAAAAAAAAACAGGAGGAGAGUGAUCAUAUAAAUUUUAAAUCAUUAGAAAAUCCCAAGUUAGCAGCAAGAUGGUAUCAAAUGUUACAUACUAUUAAAAAAAAUAUUAUUGACAAAAAGAAGGAAAAAUCUAAAUUAAGUUAUCACAAAAAAUUAAAAGAAAAGUUAAAAGUUGAAGAAGCAAAGCAAAAUGUUGUUAAGGAAAGGAAAAAAUUGUCAUUUAAAAAAGGGAGAAAAAAUUAA